AUGUCCUGGACGUUCCCCAUAGUUCCCGGCUAUGAUGGGCCAUGGUCGCUCAAGGACUUUGUUCAGCGGUAUUUUUUUGUGCAGCUUUGCUUUGAGGCUUCUCCAGAGACCUCUUGCCCGCCUUCACCGCGGACCGAGCAGCACCUUGUCGUGUGCUCAACUGGUGGCUUCGCUGUCGUGGUAUACGUCUCGCUGAGUGCGCCGCCACCGCCAAUGAUAGUUGGGUUGGCAGCUACAGCUAUGGGACAGGACUCCCAACCACGAGUUGUGGACGCGUCGUUGCGUGGGAGGCCAGUGACAUCGUCGAUGCUGCGGCAUGAAUUCUGGAACUCGUUCUUUACCCAGAUUGGCUCAGCGGCCGUGAGUUUCAUCACAAUGUGGUGCCCUAUGGUUGUGCAAUUUGAAGCAUUGGGUGGGGGACUGCAGGUGCUGGGUCCUCCGCUGAAGAAUGCGGUGCCGCGGGCGGUGAAGCGUUACCGCCGCGUGGAGUGGGUACGGCCACGCAAGGUCACUCGCCUGGAGCCCAAGACGCAACAUGACUCUGCUUCCAAUGAGAGAUCAUCGUUGUAUUGCCUGAAUGUUUCUCGUUUACCUUUGAUUGGGGAAGCACCUCAGCGGAUGUUUGCUGAAGUGGAUCGUGCGGUAGAUCCAAUGCUUGCACGGCUAUGGCAUGAGCACCACAGUGUCUCCGAUGCCACAACGACCUGGUGUUCGAUGACUACAGGGAAUGGGUCGAUGACAUGUGCAGAAAAGUGCUGCGCGUUAACAGUGGCGCAGGAAGUGGUUCACCGUGUGUUUCCCUACACCCUAUCAACAAAUGACAUUGAAUCCACUGCCAGUCUGGAGACUGUGAGACAACAUCUCACACACAUCCUUCACUGUCUGCUGGGAAGUGUGUGCCGAAUGAACAUUCGCGGGGCCGCCAUUAGACAUACCGGUUUCUUGGAGGAGCGCAGCCUGACCGCUCAUAGCCGCCAACGUCAGCGUGGAGAUGAGGACGCAAUGCAUGCGGCGGCAGUAGUUCCUGUGUCGGAGCUAACGGCGCCGGAGACUCUCAUUGCGUCGUAUCUCCAAAGCUUACUAGAGACGAUGUGGUGGCGCAGUCCUGUCACUGCUGAACGCGUGAGUUUCUGGGGGAACGAACUGAUUCUGAAAAAGCUGUGCGAUAUUGCCUUGGAUUGGCUGAGAUGUGGGCGUCACGAGGUGUUUUCGCUAAGCCACUUCCUGCAUGGGAUACCUGUGGCGCAGAUUCCGUGGUUGUGCGGUUUUUACACCAAAUUCCCUGCACAGAAGCGCCGCUCCAUGAUUCAGCAGCGAGUUUUUCUCCAACUCAUAUUCUUCCUAUUCCAGCAUGUGGUGCCGUUUUUAGUGCGUCGUUCGUUCCACGUGACGUGGUCGUCGAAAACGCCUAAUGUGUUCUCCUUUAUACCGAAGCCGGUAUGGAUCCGCCUUGUGUGCCGUGAACUGCGACAGGUGUUUCUGCGACGAGAGGCGAGGACCAACAACGACGGUGCGCAUCAUGCUGCAUUGCCACCAAUGGCGCUGGAGCGAGUCACUUCACGUGAGGUUGUGUGGUCAAAGGCAGCCACAGCUGCCAGGGCCACGGUGCCUCUUACCGGUAACAGUGGAAACUCCCCGUUGUUGUAUUCGUCUAUUCGCUUCCUGCUGGAUCGCCGAAAGCUGCGUCCUAUCGCGCGGGUCCGUUUUGUGUCGAUGCGUUCACUAUCAAAGAUGGCGAACGGCGUGCGAGCACCGGCGUCUGCCCGAACUUUGAAGACACCGCCACCGACUGCCACCGUGCUGCGCGGUGCCCUGCGCUGCCUCCUCGCCGGUGUGGAGGAGCAUCGCGCGAGGUCAGGCCUGGCGCGUCCCAUCAAUGUGUCCCAUCAGGAUGAGUACACCGAGAUACGCUCGUUUGUUGAAGAGGCACGGCGCUUCCGCGAGAGCCCGCUGCUACUGCCAACAUGUUCCAUGCCCUCCACGGUGCCUCUGGAGUGUGUGGCGGUGACAAUGGUGCGCGGGGAUGCGGCACGUUGCUACGACUGCCUUCCACAGGACGCGGUAAUGGAUGUUGUGCAUCGCCUGGUUCCGCAUGAGUUGUACUACACAUUGUGGUUGACUACCAUCGCGCCAUCACCAAGUGGUGGAAGAAGCGGUGGCUCAAGGUGUGGUGCCGAACGGCAGAGCCCAUCCGAAACAGGAGUGGGCGAGUCGAAUGAUGACGUACCGCUGCACCAAUCUACACGGCAGCAAACAUUUUCUGACAAGUGUGUGCAGGCAGGCGUGAUCUCCGGCAUCGCAAGGGGCUGUAUUGUCUACGAGGAGAGUUCACUUGGCCCCGGCUCCACUGUUCGUGGAGAUGAGGUGCGAAGCAAUUUAACGCAACAUUUGCAGGCUCAUUUCGUGGUGAUUGAUGGCAAGCUUUACAUGCAGAGGGUCGGCAUCACACAGGGAUCCGCGGUGGCGAUGCUGCUUUGUGACACGCUUCUCGAAACAGUGGAUUUAUCCCUCUCUAACAUUCUUGCGGAGCAUGAGGAGCCUGCGCUUCUUCUGCGGCGAGUGGAUGAUGUUUUGGUGGUGACGCUUUCACGUGUCGCAGCCGCACGUUGUGAUGAGGCACUUCGCUGUGGAUGGCCCCAGUUGGGCUUCUCAUGCCAGCGAGAAAAGUUGCGAUGCAGCAGCACCACGCCUGUGGCAUGGUGCGGCCUGCUCUGGGACCCAACGACACUGCAGUUCAGCGUGGAGUGGGCACGUCUGGCUCCGCUGCUCCCUAACCUGGCAGUGCGUCCGAGGACUGGUAAUGAGCUGCUGCUUUGCUCGAUGCGACUUAUGAGCAUCCUCUGCCUCCGCACACCACUGACAGUACUCUGUCGGCGUAUCAACACCAAAGCUCGCGUGGUACAGACACUUUAUGAAGUAGGCAUCCUUUGGUCACGUUUCGUGCUGCAAAAAAUUGUUGAAAAUGCACCAUUCAUGCGCCCGCACGUGCGCACCUUUCUGAAACCCCUCGCAUUGGCUGUUGUAUCGUUACGUCGACUGGUACGAAGACAGAGGAACCGUCUUGAACAGCUGGGUUCCUUCUGUGACGUCACACAUGACGAGGUGCAGCUAUGUGUCCUUGCUGCCCUGCGGAACACGCUUAAAGAGCGGCUCCCUUGGAUGAUAGCUCGAACGCAUCGACAUGGCGGCGAUAAAUGGAAAAGGUUUCUGCUUAUUAUAUCAGCAGUUGUUCAACGAAAACUGGAGGUGGUGCUCUCAGCGGUAGCUGCAUUUAAUGAGCGCUGUACGGGUGCUGGUGGUGUGGCUUCUGCUAGUGUUGAUGACAGUAUUGCUGGUGUUGGGGCGCUACUUAUGGCGGAGGGCCCUGGAACCGUCGUUGCACGCGCCCUUGAGGCAGUGCAGUUCGGUGCUUCACGUGGUGCAGCAUGUCACAGGGAUCAGCGUCCGCCAUUGAAUGGAGAAUAA